GCCAUACGGUGAUACCAUCUUCAGUGCUGGCACACAUCCCAUCUCCCGGAAUCGCAUCUCACACAUACUAAUAAUAUACCCAUAUCACAAUGGACGUCUCCAACAACCGUCUUUUCCGCUGGUCUAAACCAGAAUGGCUUAACAACUCCGCCGUGCGCAACGCAGGCGUCUACACCUCCGGCGCACUGUUCUCCCUGGGUUUCUUCUUCCUCAUCGACGCCGCCGCUUUCUCCCACAGCGCCCGCAACGGCUCCUUCGUGCACGUCAAGUUCGUCGACUGGAUUCCCGGUAUCUGCUCCGCGCUCGGAAUGCUUGUUAUCAAUUCGAUUGAGAAGUCGCGUCUUCAUGCCGAUAGCUUCAGUUAUAGUGGGAGUGGGGUUGCGUGGAAGGCGAGGUUUGUGCUGUUCUUGGGAUUUGCGUUGCUCGCGGGUGGUCUGGCAGGCAGUGUGACGGUCAUGGUACUUAAGUACCUGAUCCAGGGAUAUCCCCUUCCGACACUUUACUUUGGUAUUGCGAACGUUAUUGCGAAUGGACUGGUUAUGCUGAGCACCAUCGUCCUAUGGAUCUCCCAGAAUAUAGAAGACGACUACACCUACAACCUUGCUCUGUGAUGGAUGGAUACAACAUAUGAGAUGAAAUGAGCUAUGGUUAUCAGGUGUUCAGUCGUGGUACCUGUUCUUCUGUCGACUGAUUGAUUUAUUGGCUGGUAUGAGACGAAAGUGAUACUUACUACUACUACUCCGCGACGUAUUAUUGUAUUAUGAAUGUGCGCUUCUUUUGUGGUCGGUCUUUACUAUUACUUCUCGUUCCUUGAUGGAAUCAUGGAGUUCAGUUACUCUUUACGAGGGUUGUCGUGUUGUUGUAUAAAGCAAUGUCCGCAUUGUGUGGUCUGCAUCUGUUUUUGUUUGGUUAUUAGGUAGUUCUUCCUUCUUUUAGCAUGCU